UGCGUCUGCGCCGCCGCCGCCGCCAAUGGGUCGAGAUACACGCUCGCGCUCGCGGUCCGUGGGGCGCAGGAGCCGAAGGCAGCGGAACCAGAGCGGAAGUCGGAGCCGGAGCAGAAGUCGGAGUGGGAGCCAUGAGCGGCGAAGCCGGCGGCGCCGGGAGGACGAGCGACGGCGCAGGCGGAGGCGGCGGAGUCGGGAGCGCAGGUCGGAUUCAGAGGAAGAACGGUGGCCGCGACCGGGCAGGCAAAGCCGGAGCCCCGCUGCACCCCAGUGGUGCUCUCGGGAUCGGUCCUCGCAGUCUGACUCUGGGGAGGAGCAGCUGCGGGGCUCAUGGGCCCGCCGCAGGCGCCGGCGCUCUUGGUCCCCCAGCUCCUUAGCAUCCAGUGCAGCGUCCCCGGGGCGUCCCCAGAGCCCUGGGGCGGCAGCGGCAGCGCUGAGCCAGCAGCAGAGCCUGCAGGAGCGGCUUCGGCUGCGGGAAGAGCGGAAGCAGCAGGAGGAACUGCUGAAGGCCUUUGAGACCCCCGAGGAGAAGCGCGCACGGCGGCUUGCCAAGAAGGAGGCCAAGGAGCGCAAGAAACGCGAGAAGAUGGGCUGGGGCGAGGAGUACAUGGGCUACACCAACACCGACAACCCUUUCGGCGACAACAACCUGCUGGGCACCUUCAUCUGGAACAAGGCUCUGGAGAAGAAGGGGAUCAGCCACCUGGAGGAAAAGGAGCUGAAGGAGCGGAACAAGAGGAUCCAGGAGGACAAUCGGCUGGAGCUACAGAAGGUGAAGCAGCUGCGACUGGAGCGGGAGCGAGAGAAGGCCAUGCGCGAGCAGGAGCUGGAGCUGCUGCAGCGGGAGAAGGAGGCAGAGCACUUCAAGACCUGGGAGGAGCAGGAGGACAACUUCCACCUGCAGCAGGCCAAGCUGCGCUCCAAGAUCCGCAUCCGGGAUGGGCGGGCGAAGCCCAUCGACCUGCUGGCCAAGUACAUCAGCGCCGAGGAUGACGACCUGGCCGUGGAGAUGCACGAACCCUACACCUUCCUCAAUGGCCUCACGGUGGCCGACAUGGAAGACCUGCUGGAGGACAUCCAGGUGUACAUGGAGCUGGAGCAAGGCAAGAACGCGGACUUCUGGCGGGACAUGACCGUCAUCACCGAGGACGAGAUCGCCAAACUCCGCAAGCUGGAGGCCUCGGGCAAGGGCCCAGGGGAGCGCCGCGAGGGGGUCAACGCCUCGGUCAGCUCUGACGUGCAGUCGGUGUUCAAGGGGAAGACGUACAGCCAGCUGCAGGUCAUCUUCCAGGGCAUCGAGGGCAAGAUCCGCGCCGGUGGCCCCAACCUGGACAUGGGCUACUGGGAGAGCCUGCUGCAGCAGCUGCGAGCCCACAUGGCCAGGGCCAGGCUGCGGGAGCGCCACCAGGACGUGCUGCGGCAGAAGCUGUACAAGCUGAAGCAGGAGCAGGGCGUGGAGAGCGGGCCGCUGUUCCCCAUUCUGAAGCAGGAGCCCCCGUCCCCCAGCCACAGCCUGGAGCCUGAGGAGCCGGACCCCACGCCGCCGGGGCCUUCUGUAGAGGCCGGGCCCGCCGAGUCGGAGGGCGACGCCGCAGCCCCGGCGGAGGGCGAGGCCGAGGGCGAGGCGGUGCUCAUGGAGGAGGACCUGAUCCAGCAGAGCCUGGACGACUACGACGCGGGCAGGUACAGCCCGCGCCUGCUCACAGCGCACGAGCUGCCGCUGGACGCGCACGUGCUGGAGCCCGAUGAGGACCUGCAGCGCCUGCAGCUGUCGCGCCAGCAGCUUCAGGUCACAGGAGACGCCAGCGAGAGCGCGGAGGACAUCUUCUUCCGGCGGGCCAAGGAGGGCAUGGGCCAGGACGAGGCGCAGUUCAGCGUGGAGAUGCCGCUGACCGGCAGGGCCUACCUGUGGGCCGACAAGUACCGGCCGCGCAAGCCGCGCUUCUUCAACCGCGUGCACACGGGCUUCGAGUGGAACAAGUACAACCAGACGCACUACGACUUCGACAACCCGCCGCCCAAGAUCGUGCAGGGCUACAAGUUCAACAUCUUCUACCCCGACCUCAUCGACAAGCGCUCCACGCCCGAGUACUUCCUGGAGGCCUGCGCCGACAACCGCGACUUCGCCAUCCUGCGCUUCCACGCCGGGCCGCCCUACGAGGACAUCGCCUUCAAGAUCGUCAACCGCGAGUGGGAGUACUCCCACCGCCACGGCUUCCGCUGCCAGUUCGCCAACGGCAUCUUCCAGCUCUGGUUCCACUUCAAGCGCUACCGCUACCGGCGGUGAUGGCGGAGGCGGCCUGAGCAGCGGGCGCCAUCUGGGGACCACCGCCGGCCCACAUCUGCCUCAGGCUGGACCUUCCACCGGGCCUCCCUUCCCCCUUUGUGAAGUGGGGGUGGCCACAAAAUCUGCCUCGGCUGAGGGGACAACAGGACAGGAUGGCCAGCUGGUGUCCCCCCAUGUCCAGAAUCUACAGGAGCCCAGCAGCUGUCACUGAGCCUCCCUGGCCUGCAGGCUGAAUGAGGCCCAGGCCGGCCUCCACCCUGGCAAGGUGCAGAGGGAACCAGCCUGCACCCAGCCACCUGCCUCCACCAGGAAACCAUCCCUUGCCAGGGUCUCAGAUGACUGCAGGGCAGGGCAGGGCAGGAGGAGAGGGGCCCAGAUGUGGGGUGCCAGUGGUGGGAAGUGUGGGCCCAGGUCCAGCCCCCAGACUGUCACAGCACGUGAUCAGCCCCGGGACAGGUUCCAGGGCCCGCCCAGAUGGCAGCAGCGGAAGCUGGACCCUCACACACGUUCCAGAAGAGACCAGGCUCUGCAGCCAGGGCCCCAGCUCACCCUGUGAGCCACAGGGUCAGUUCCCCUACCCUAAGGACAGACGCAUCGCCCACCAGUGUCCGUCUCAGCCAGGACCGCAGGCGGGUCAGGGGUGGCGAGGGCUUCCCCGGGUGCGCCCCAGGCCUGGUCCUCAGCCACGCAACCCCUCUUCUCAGGUGGCCACCUGGAGGGCCAGACGGGGUGGUGUGUCAGGCAGCCCAGAGGACCCAUUCCAGCCCAGGACCUGCCCACCACCUGUUUGAUCUGGAGAUGAUUUUUUGUUUUCUAAAAAGGUUUUUUUAGGUGGGGAAAAAAAAUGUAGUUUGGUUUCUCUUGACACGGCCGGCUCCCGAGGGCACGAGCGGGUGAGCCAGCUCUGGGCUGGCAGAAGUGCGGCAGGUGGCAUGGCCCUGCCCAGCAUGUGCCAUGGUGCAGCAUCUCAACAGUCACAACCAAGGCCUUUCACACAGCCACAGCACACGAGGUAGCCGGCAGCCGCCCCGGGUGGAGUCACGUGGUCCCCAGGCCUCCUAACCCGCUUCCCAAGGUGGCGCACUGCCACUCUGCCACCAGGAAAGGAGUCAGGCUGCUCUCCCGGGCCAGGCUUCUCAGGAGGGGGAGAGGGAGGCCAGGCGGUGUCGAGGAGCUCCUGGCGUGGAAAGGCAGAGGCCAGGGAUGCUGCCCUACACCUGGCGGCACCCAGGCCUGCCCUGGCAUCCAGCUGCCCAGGCUGUGGAGCUGCAGUGCCUGUGGGCAUCAGGGCCUGCUUCCCUCAGGACAGGGUACCUCCCCUAGCUUCAGCCUCGACUAGGAGCCUCUGAUGGGUGGAGGGUGGCAAGUGCAUCUGACCAGGGCAGAUUAGACUUUCUUUUUUUUGUGGGGGUGGGGAUUGAACUGGGGGACACUCAGCUACUGAGCUACAUUCCAGCCCUAUUUUGUAUUUUAUUUAGAAA